UACAGUGAUUCACAUUAUGACAAUCGCACAAAUUAGAGUGGAGGGGCCAUAUAUGCCCUUAAUAUUCAGCUCCACAGGGACAUAAGUGCGAAGGAAAAAGAAAAACCCUCUUCAUUAUUCUCUCUUCAGCCUCUUUAUUUCUCUUCACACACAAACUUCUCCUAAACCAAAACCCCACUUCAUUUUCCUCUGUCCAAAAGUUAAAUGCAAAAAAGCCAUUAAAUAGAUCCCAAAUUUUAAUUCCAUCUACUAAGACCCUUUUUUUAAGGCCUUUUUUUAAAAAAAAAAUCUAUUUAUGAGACAAGAAAUAAAAAAUCCCUCUAGAAAAGAGCAAGUCCCACAAAUUCCCAUCAACUUUUGCAACUCAAACACUUGAGCAUCAAGUACUAACCAUCUCUCAAGAACCAUGAUGCCUGCAUAUGGGGUCAUCUUUUCUCUCAUUUUGCUGCUCUUCUUGGCUACUGUGAUUACUACCAAGACUGAAGCAAGUUUGGCCCAUAUAAAUGGGUCUGCGGCAGUUGCGGCGGAGGAACCGCCAUUAGUGCCGCUGGUGGAAGAAGGGAAAAUGGAGAUGAUGAUGAAUGAGAGCAGAAGAAAGUUGGGAAGUUUCCAGAUAUGUGCACUUUGUACUUGCUGUGGAGGAGCUAGAGGUGUUUGCUUGCCAUCUCCUUGUUGCUAUGCCAUCAAUUGCAACAUUCCCCACAGGCCUUUUGGCUUCUGUUCUUUCACUCCCAAGACCUGUAAUUGCUUUGGAUGCCAUCUCUAAAACUCUCUCUCUCUCUCUCUCUCUUUCAUCUCUCUGUCUCUCUAUAUAUCUUAUCUCCAUAAUUUAUAAUUUAUAUUGUUCAAUUUGGUGUUUGGAGAGUGUGAAUGGGAAAGAAUAUCUGUUCUUGAUUUGUUUGUUUGUUUAUAGCUUAUAAAAAUUGUAUUUUUGUUAGGAGGGGAGAGAGUGCUAUCUCCAGGAUAGUUUUUUUUUUCCCCAUCUCUAGUGGGAUUUAUCCAAAUGAUAUUUUUUGGGGGCAGGAAAAAAAAAUUUUAUAGCAAUUCCUGGAGAUAGCACGAUGUUAGGAUUAGCAUAAUUUACGGGUAUUCAAGGGGAACAUCUUCCUUGUUAGUGGAGCUAUUGGAGCUUAUGAUGAU